UCCUAUCAAAAGUAAUAUCAAGCUACUUCUUUGGGGAAUAUACUCGUGGUUUUAGCGAUUCACCAUUAGUCUAGCGGCAAUACUAACUGAAAAUUGGCAACUCUUUGUCAACAAACCCAGGAUGGCGGGAACUGUUUCGGUGUCUAAGGGAGUGUUUGCCUUCAAGAAAAAGAGGCAGAAUAAAUCCAAGAAUGCCCCCGGAGCCUCCACCGUGAAAUACUGGAGCCGUGCCUUGGAGUGGGGGCAGGAGGAGGAGGAGGAGGGAGGAGUCGUUCAAGGAGCUCACCUACAGGAACUAUACUGAGUGUUGGAGGAUGACAUCAGACAUCCUGGAGGAGUUACAGGACAACAUUCACAGCAGAGUGUUCCAGAGUCUCACCACGUACAUUGACAGGGCAGGGAGACGGUUAACCUCCCUCAGUGCUACCCCUGACUUACCCUCCAGCCUAGCACACUCCCUGGCUAGUGUCCCUGCCGCUUGCCUGGUGACGGGGGUGAAUAUGCCGGACAGGGAUGCUACAUUUGACAGCCUUGUUGGUCUCCUAAGGGCCAGCAUCACACCUCACGUCGCCCGCCUGCAGAGUAAAGAGUGCUCCACCCUUAGGGCUGCCAUGUACAGGAUGAUCUCUCAACUGAUAGGUGGUGGUGGGUGGGCGAGCCUGGAGGAUGAGGAAGAGGAGGUGAUGGUGGCGGGUCCCAAGGUGAAGAGGAGGCAGUGCACCAUGGCUGUCCUCUCAGUGUGGUACAAAGAGCAAGUGAGCACAGGAGAGGAAGACUCGGGAUACACAAGAUCCCCCACCAAGGCCACUCACUCACCUCGCAAGACACCUUACCUAAGCUCCCCAAGAAAGAAGCCAUUCCCUGGAUCCCCGGUCAAGAGAGCACUACCCGGCUCCCCCAGCAAGAGUGACAGGGAUCCAAAGGGGUUUGAAGGAUCACCAAGGAAGAAGAUCAAGUCAAGCAUCAUCUCUCAGCUUCCCAAGAGGAGUAGUAAGCCGCCCCUUGUUGUUGUUCUAGAGGACCUGGAGAGCUUCCACCCACGUGUGCUCAGUGACCUGGUGCUCAUCUGCAGUGAGUACCGACAAACUGUGCCAAUAGUUCUGGUGUUUGGUGUGGCCACGACCCCCGACAAGGUGCACCAGAGCCUGUCCCACAAUGCCUCUGCCUGCCUAGCCAUGGAGGUGUUCCGUGCCGAGCCCUCCACUCAGUACCUCACCCGUAUUAUUGAGAAGGUCCUGAUGUCCAAUAAGCUGCCGUUUCAUCUGGGUGGCCGUCCCUUCAAGCUGCUCCUGGACAUCUUCCUCUACAAUGACCUUUCAGUGGAGAACUUCAUCAAGGGCCUGAAGGUGUGCAUGUUGGAACACUUCAUUGGCCACGCUUCCUCCUUCCUGUGCUGUCCGGCAGCCAAAAGACCAGCACGCCUCAGGAGCAUCACCUCUUCACAGCUAGACUCAGUGCGCAAGCUGCCUUCAUUCCGGACCUUUGUGGAGGCAGCACCACCCAAGGAACAAGCCGCUCUGCUCCUUGAUCAUUCUCACACCAAGGAGGUGAUCGUCUCCCUCCUGGACAAGCUGGAAGUGUGGUACGCUCGGUUCUGUGUGCUGGUGAAAGUAGUCAGUGCACUCACCAACAGACUCCCAGGCGCUCCUAUGGGUCGCCAGGUGAGGGAAGUGCUGGCGGUGUGUUUGUCUCAGCCACUGGUGGAGACUGAGGAGUACAAGGAGGUGGAGAAGGGCAUCAGGAACAUGGCCAGGGAGGAGCUGUGCACCAUCCUGCAGAAUGUCCUCGAUGUUCUUAAGGAGCACCAUGGAGAUGAUGAGGUGUUGUCUGAGAUGCUGAAUGAAGUGAGCUUGUUGGUGGGACGCCUCUCUAGUCUGGACCAGGCACAGGAGGAGGAGGAGGCUUCAGCUGAUGGAGGUGCUGUUACUCUGGAGCCAUCUGAUAGAUUUCGCUUAAGGGAGAAACUCAUUGAGAUGGCAAAAAAGAAACCCAAGAAAAGCGGCAAGUAUGAAUCCCUGCGCAGUGAGGUGGUGCAGUUCUUCAGCGACACCUUCACCUCACACCUGCAGUGCCCGACCUCCCAGCCACUGCAUGAGAUCCUCUUCUUCCACUCAAGGGUUGUCAAGAGGCAGCUGGUGGGCUUGCCAAGACCAGCCCUCACCACUGCCCUGGCCAACCCUCAUCACUACCUCCAGUGUAAGUGUUGUGAGCUUGAAGACCCAUCCAGUCUGGUGACGUCCCUGCCAGACAUCAGUGUGGCAUACAAGCUGCAUCUGGAGUGUGGCCGCCUCAUCAAUUUGUACGACUGGUUGCAGGCUUUUGUUUCUGUGGUGGGACAAGAGGAUGAGGACGAGGAGUCUUCAGCAUCCUCCAAGAAAAUUGAUCAGAAACUACAAGCAAGGUUUGUCCUGGCUGUGUCUGAGCUGCAGUUCCUCGGCUUCAUCAAACCCACCAAGCGCAAGACAGACCACGUGGCGCGUCUCACCUGGGGUGCCUACUGAGAGACUCAAAUGGAUCGUAAUGUUUGCACUCGUCUUGUGUUCAGUGCUGCCAAGGUGAUCACUCGUGUUGGUUAUACUUCCUGUGAUAUAUUUAUAACUUGUUCACCAUUCACAAGUCAAGUAUUUUACGAGUAUUACUAUUUUUUUAUAAUUUCAAUUAUAUUUUUAAGACAAAUAAAAUAUCCUGUGACAA